AUGACGACUAAGUUCACCACCGCCGAGCUUAAACGGUUCCGCGCCUUCCUCGAAGCGGCCAUUGAUCGCGAAGAGCACGGUCCCUCCUCCGACGACGCGGACGCUCUCAAGCGGCAAUUCUGGGGCAAGAUACGCGUGCUCCUCGGAGUUAACGGUAUGUCCACUGGCCUCCCUCAUCUCGACCAAUUAGUCGAAGACGUCCUCCAAGGUAAGGCGAAUGCCGGCCUCCAAGGCCCGAUCGUGAUCCUGCCGGCCGCGCCCGGCGUUCCAAGCGCAGCACCCCCGGUCAUGACUCAGUCAGCUUCGCCCAGCGUUCCAGGUCCCGCGUCUUCGAACUUGCUAUCCAAUAAGUCCUCGGGCAAGAAACCCGCGAAGUCUUCUAAGAAGCCCGCCAAACGGAAAGCCAGCACCGGCGACACUGGCACUAAGUCGUCUGCCAAGAAACCACGCGCUGCCCAGGAGUUGACGCUCCCUUCCUUUGACUACGCCAAGCUACUGGAAGUGAAUCCUAACGCUCCUCGGGUCGUGCGCACCGCGAUUGCUAUCGUCCUUCACAAGGCCGAGGAAGCUGAAUCAAGACAUCCAUCGGGCACACUGGCGGUUCUGAAUGACCCACCGGCGUUCCAUGUCCCUCUCGAGACAACCGCUGCUCAGUAUAACCGUCGCAAGCUCAAGAUGCGGGCCUCUCAUGCUCGUCUGUCCUUCACGAGUCUUUGCAUCGAGACGUGGGGCUUCUACGCGUUCCUCGAGAGGCCGGAGAAGCGUCCUGAAAUGUUCUGGCUCCGAGGUCAGCCCGGCAAAUCUCCACGCGGAGGUCGACAGCCCCAAGGACCCAUUUGA